ACUUCCUCCUGCCCAGCCGGGAAAAGGCUUGUGCAGUGCGCUGAAAGGUAGCGGCACGGUGUGGCCCUCCACCACACACGGGAUUCCUUUAUCCACCCGCCUCCCCCCUGUGCCGGCGGACAGUGCUUCAUCUGCGUUCCCGAGGGGACAAAACUCGGCAGAGAAAAAGAGGGAGCACGCAAGGCAGGAGGAAGGGUGAGAAAGUUAGCUGACUUGCAGAGAGGCGAAGCUUUCUAGUGUCUUCUGCCGCACCUUUCACUGGAGACCUUCAGUCUUCCCGAAGGUGGCACAUGGAGACAGAACUGCCUCCUGAGCUCACAGCAAUGCCCCUCGGGGGAAAUGGGAGUGCCCAGCUGGUGCCAGACACAGCCCUGCUGCCCCCGGAGCAGGGCAUGGCUAUGUUCAUCGUCCGCUGUGUAAUCCCUUCUGUCUACCUGCUCAUCAUCACUGUGGGCUUGCUGGGCAACGUCACUCUCAUGAAGAUCUUCAUCUCCAACAGUGCCAUGAGGAGCGUGCCCAACAUCUUCAUCUCCAGCCUUGCUGCUGGUGACCUGCUGCUGCUGGUGACCUGUGUGCCUGUGGAUGCCUCCCGGUAUUUCUCUGAGGAGUGGCUCUUUGGGGAGGUGGGCUGCAAGCUCAUCCCUGCCAUCCAGCUCACCUCAGUUGGUGUGUCUGUCUUUACCCUCACCGCCCUCAGUGCUGACAGGUAUAAAGCAAUUGUCAAUCCCAUGGACAUCCAGACAUCCAGUGCAGUGCUAUGGACCUGUCUUAAAGCCGUUGCCAUCUGGGUAGUCUCCAUGCUCCUAGCAGUUCCUGAAGCAGUGUUCUCUGAGCUGGCCUACAUCAGUGACACAGAUAAUGCCACUUUCACAGCAUGCAUACCGUACCCCAUGACAGAUGAUGUGCACCCGAAGAUACAUUCGGUCCUGAUUUUCCUUGUGUAUUUCCUUAUCCCUCUUGCCAUCAUUAGUAUCUAUUACUUUCACAUUGCAAAAAGUUUAAUAAAAAGUGCUCACAACAUCCCUGGAGAGUACAGUGAGCACUGCAAAAGACAGAUGGAAACUCGGAAACGCCUGGCAAAAAUUGUUCUAGUUUUUGUUGGCUUCUUUGCUCUCUGCUGGUUUCCCAACCAUGUGCUAUACAUGUACCGAUCUUUUAAUUACAGCAAGAUUGAUCCAUCAACAGGACAUAUGGUUGUUACUUUAGUGGCCCGAGUGCUAAGCUUCUGCAACUCCUGUGUCAACCCAUUUGCACUCUACUUUCUCAGUGAGAGCUUUAGAAGACAUUUCAACAACCAACUUUGCUGCAGGAGGAAAGUUCAUCGAGUGAGAUCUGCCAGCUACUUGCACAACUCUUCUGCCAUUCAAAUGGCUUCCCUGAAAAGCAAUACCAGGAACACGGUAACUAGCCUGACACAACUGAAUGGGCACAGCUUGAAACAAGAAAUGUCUUUAUGAUUUAAGAGGUGUGAUUUUUGACCGUGGAAAACACUUGAACUUCUUCUUUGCAGUUUGUAACUCACUUUUGGCUCUCGUGUUUAGACUGUCUGAGUCCUCAGGACAGAGAAUCUGUUAAAGCCUGGCCAAUCUGAGGUUAUUUCACAGCUAUUAUGAAUUUUAGAGAGAAGGGAGAAGGACAUUUUAUUAAGAAAACAAACCUGGUUUCACAUUGUACUUUAAGGGAGAUGUUAAUGUUUAACAUAUAAUAAAGCAAAAUAACGAUGUCAACAUUAGCAUAGCUGAUCUAACAUGGCUUUAAAAAGUAUAGAUGUUCUUCUCUGAGAAAUACAUAUUUUCAGCUGAGGAUUGAUCUAGGCACAUGCCUUACUCUAAUAGGUUUUGCAUGACUGUGUCUGUGCUGUGUGUACAAGCACUGUUCAUUAAUGCUGGUAGACAUUUUUGGACACAGUUAAGGAGCCAUUGCAUUGCAUAGAUUCUAGUUUCAGAUAAAAAAGACAUUUCAGUAUCAAGUGCCAGACCUUUGCCUCAGUUAAAUCUGCCUCGUGUUUUCAAUUUGGCAGACAUGCAUGAUGAAAAUUUACUUUUUUGGGGGGGGUUCUGUUUGCUGUUGAAACUCAGUGUCUGAAAGCUCAUUUCUCUGAUUUGUUGUCAGAUUGUUUAUGAGUUUUGUAUUCGUUGGUACUAACCAAUCUUGCUGGCAGCACUAUACAGCUAAGAAGAACACUGAGUGUAAUGGCAUGGCUGAACGUUCACAGAGGUACAUUUCUUAGUGGCUUCCUCAGAAAGGGUAUGUGUCAAGGCUUCAUACGGCUCAGAGCACUCUCAGAGUGCAGAACUCAGACUGACACCAGGCAAAACCAAACUGAAGGAUGUCCUGUGGGAAUACACCUACCAGACUAACGAUCAUCUAGCCCAUGGGACCAGACAAGUUCUCUCCUCAAAUAACCCCCAAGUGAUGAGACAUGGAUAGCUGGCAUUGGUUGUUCAGCACGAGUUGC